UAGCUCAAGUUUCCUUUCAGGCAAUGUCACUUUGUUACAAAACAUCAACAAUAUAACCUUACUUUUUUAUCUGUCGUCCACUAAAGUCACGCAAGAAUGUCAUUGUUAAGCACUUAACUAUUUAACUUCGUUAGCAAGAUUCCAAUUGCGUUAGAUUUCUACAACACGCGUCUAGGUAGUUUGAUCCGAGUAAGCAACCAACUAUGACAAUUAUCAAUGUUUAUCCUGAAAAAAAGACAAAACAAAUUUUGGACCGUGGCAGUUCUUUGCCAUCGGAUGACUAUGAUGACUGGGAAUCCAGGUAUAUGAUGCGAACAGACUUUGAUGAUUUUGGAGACAAACAUAGUGAAGUCUGGGGUCAGAAAGGGUGGUUUAAGCCAUCUUGUGUGCCGAUAUCCAUCAUCCUGGUGCUGAUCGUGUUGGUAGUCCUGCUUCCACUGUUGGAAAAUGCAGAGAGACAAGCACAGGCCGCCGCACAGAUAGACUGGGAGCAACUUCGGAAAUGCCAAGCUCAAUGCAAGUUCUCCCUCGUAGAGUCCAUUCCCGAUGGUAUGAGCUAUCGGAACGGUUCCACCCCCUUCCCCUCCACAUUCUCUGUGUGGUCUGAUCUUCUAGCCAAGGCUACAUCUACUGUAGAGAUUGCCUCGUACUACUGGACUCUGACCAACGGAACCAGGGGGCAAUUCCCUACUGCUGGAGAGGGUCAGAAAAUCUUUGAUGAACUACUUCUUGCCGGAACUGAAAGAAAACUUAAAGUUAAAAUUGCUCAAAACUUUCCUUCAAAAAGUGAACCGAAUACAGAAACUGAAGUUUUAGUGAAGAAGAAAGCUGCAGAGGUCCGAAGUCUGAACUUCCCCAGGCUGGUCGGCAGUGGGAUCCUUCACACCAAGUUAUGGCUGGUAGACAGACAACACGCUUACAUCGGCAGCGCUAACACCGAUUGGCGAUCCCUCACUGAGGUCAAGGAGAUGGGAAUAUACAUCUCUGACUGCCCUUGUAUUGCGGACGACGUCGGCAAACUGUUUGAUGUCUACUGGAUGAUGGGAGCGGAUGGUGCUCAAGUUCCAGCAAAAUGGCCGAAAUCUCUCUCUACUGUCUACAACAAAGAUUCUCCCAUGAACUUGUCAAGCAAUGGUCUUAUCUACCUUUCUAGCUCUCCCCCUCAGUUCUGUCCGGAUGGUCGUACGUCUGAUGGAGAUGCAAUCACUUCUGUCAUCGCAAAAGCCAACAAGUUUGUGUACAUUGCAGUCAUGGACUACUUCCCACUCUACAUUUACACAUCAAAAGCCAAGUACUGGGGAGUAAUUGACAAUGCUUUACGAGAUGUGGCGAUCGACCAAUCGGUUGAAGUGCGUCUUCUGAUUAGCUGGUGGAAGCACUCACGGAAAGAAAUGAAACUGUUCCUAGCGUCCUUGAGUGAUCUUACGGGAGCUUACGGAGCUAAAAUCUCAGUGAAACUGUUUGUGGUUCCGGAAACAGCAGAGCAAAGCAAGAUCCCGUUUGCUCGAGUCAACCAUAACAAGUACAUGGUUACAGACACCACAGCCUAUAUAGGAACGUCCAACUGGUCUGGGGAUUAUUUUGUGUCCACUGGAGGGGUGGGGGUUGUCAUCGAAGGAGACACACAGUUGCGGAAACAACUUGAGGACGUCUUCUUGAGAGAUUGGAAUUCUGAGUUUGCCUAUGACUUGCCCAGAUAACUGAACCUGCAGUAGUUCAACUGGAGUUCUAGGUGAAUCUUAACUUAGGCUACCCUGUGAAGAUCAUGCAAUAAAUAACUUUUUAAGCGGUUCUCAUAAUACCGGUGAAGAUCAUAUGAAAAUAAUAUUCUAGGUGGUUUCUCUAAUGAUGGUCGAAUCCGGGAAUUUCAAAUCUCCAAUGUGAAUUCUAAAAAAUAGAGUCACAGAUCGACAGAUCUUCAGUUUUUAUCCUGAUUACAAUUAAGUACAAUACAGAAUCUACUGUGGAAAUUGAUAAAAAAAAUAAAAAAUAAUUUUCUUAAAAUUGAUCCAUAUUUAAUAGUAGUGUACGCAACAAUCGCAUAGAGAUAGUGUUAACGACAUGAGUAGAAAUUUAAGGCAAGUGCCUUAAAACUUCUACGAGUGUCUUUAAGACUAUUUACCCGAGUUGAGUACACCACUUUACCUACGAUAGUUUUUUUAAUUACUAUCAAUCAAUCACUACUAAUAACUUCUAAGAGAGGUUAUGUUUUUGUAACCUCUCAGAGCCACUGACAGUGAUGCAAUGAAUCAUUCAUUGCACCACUCAUUAACAAUUAAAUCGGUCUUAACAACUGAUUAGUUGAUGUUCAAAGCAUAACAAUUUGACUUCUUUUCUCUCAAUCCUUGAACCUAGUUGGUCCGUUAAGUAAAACCAUGCUGUUAUCUAAGUAAACAAAUCUGUUAAAUGAAUCUUUUUAAUUCUAAGAACUGAACUGAAACGGCUAGUUUAGAAAACGGUCGUAGGUAAAAUGUUUUAAUUGUAUUUCCAACCUAUUUCAAAACUGUUUAAACCCAGCAAUAUUGGAAUCAUGUGAUAGCAGUAAUAUCUGUGAACGUUUGUCGCGAUUCCAAUGUUCCCGACCCAAAAAGAUCCUUAAAUCAUUUUAAUGCCAACCAACUGAAAUAAAAGUUUCCAAAUAAACAAAAAUAAAAGUUGCCUGAAAAAUAUUGCAUUUUCUGGUUUUAAUAAAUUAGAUCUCAAACUAAAUUACAUAAUCCAAAUAAAUAAAACUUACUGUUUUUAAAAAAAGCAGACAAUAUUUUUAAAUGAGAUACACCUUUGAAAUAUUUUAUCCCUAACAACUCAACAAUAACAACUUUUCAUAUUACAACAAUAACAACUUGUCAUAUUACACCAAUAACAACUUGUCAUAUUACAACAAUAACAACUUGUCAUAUUACAACAAUAACAACUUGUCAUAUUACAACAAUAUCAACUUGUCUUAUUACAACAAUAACAACUUGUCAUUUUACAACAAUAACAACUUGUCAUAUUACAACAAUAACAACUUGUCAUAUUACAACAAUAUCAACUUGUCUUAUUACAAUAAUAACAACUUGUCAUAUUACAACCUAGGUAUAAUAAAGCUGAGGUGAUGAUUUAAUGACGAAGUUCAUUUUUAGGCAGUUAAUUUAUUUUUAUUACUGUUUUAAAUUGUAAAGUGUUUUUUGUUUUGUUAUUACGGUACUGUAGAUUUGAUUUAGAAUUUUUUUUUCUUUUUUUCAUUUAUACUCAGGUUUAUUUUAAUUUUUUUUAUCAAUAUGGUUUUAUUAAAUGGUUUUCCCUGAAAACAGUAAAAUAUAUUUUUAUUUGAUUUUAUCCUUCUAACUUGACUUUAGUGUUUAUGAGUUUAAUUGCCUCAAUACAAACAAAUUAUAAGUAUUUUCUACAAACUGAAUUUGUAAGUUCAAAUAAUUUUAUUCUCUUAAGUACUACGAAUUGCGUACUGGUACAAUAAUUGUGAUUAUGAUGUGUUCAAUGAAUUAGCUUAAGAACUUUAUUUUUAGUAGAGGAAUAAGUUACAGUAUUUUGUUUUCAGUGUUUAUGAAAACUACUAUAACUAUAAGGAUGUUUGUACAGUUUACUUUGGUUUGUAAAAAGUGUAAUUGAUCUCAAAAUAUUGGUUAUUUAGUUAAUUGUGUUUUAAACCCAUUUUAAAUGUUAUGCACCAAGUAAAGCUUGAACCAACGUUUCACAUUUUUUUAUUCAAACUUCUUUAUUUUAUUCAAUUAAGUAUUUUGUAGCUUCCAUGUUUUAAACUGGUAUUACAAUUUAAUUGAACAGUUCUCGAGAAAAAUGGAGGUUACCACAUUGUAUGAUUGGUUCAUAAAUUUGUUGCAUAUUAGCCAUGCCAACAUUAAGCACAUUUUUUCCACCAAUACUGGAAAUCCUUUUACUACCAAAAUAGUUUCAAAAUGAUCAAAUUUGUGGAUAUCAAUAAAUCUACUUUUCUAAAUGCCUUUUCUAAUUACAUUUGUGCCUUGUUCCAAUUGCCUUGCUUUUGUAACUGUACAUUCAGAUUUUAUAUGCAGACGCAUUCAAUAUUUUAGAUUUUUAGGAACACCUAGUGUUACAAAACAAAUUUAUUCUUUUGAUGUAAUAUUUGUUCCACAAGCAAUAUUUUCAUGAAUUUAAAUGCAAAUGGCUUUAAAACUGUGUUUUACUUGCACAACAAAGCACAAUUUUUAUUUCUUAGGUUAAAACUGUUCAAGUUUUUAUAAGACAUGUUAUGUUAACGUUUGGAUGUUGUGAAAAACAUUUUCUAUUCCUUUUCUACUAAUAAAAUAAUAUGCUUUAGAGAAUUUAGCAAAAUUUGUUGUAUUUUUAGCCUUAUUUUGUAAUCUAUGAAUUUGGAAUUUGUAGCUUCAUAGAAAAUUGUCAAUUGUAAUUAACACU